UGAGGCCGCCCAUGAAGCUCUAGCAUGCUUUGAAGGGGUGAUGGGUAUAUAAAGCUUCCGUUUGCUGUCUUUGCUAACUGGAGGUCUCAACUUCGACUUCUCCAAGUCUAGUCUCAACAUCCACUAUUGAUACUGGGCUCCUAUUUCUACUACCCCACCACUUCAGUGCUAUACCCAUACACUACCAGCCUUCAACAAGAUGCCGGCAACGAAGACUAUCCUCACAGCUACCCAGGCGAACAGGACUGACGUCUUUCAUGCUUUCAAGGCGCAUUGCAGUGCACCACGCGUGGAGACCAAAUCGAUGGUCUUGACGCAGAUUCGCAAUGCCUACCCGGACUACCACGUCACCGAGGCCGAACUGAAGCAUGUCUCGCUCUUCGAAUUUGCGGAUGCGGAUAAGGCGGUGCUGAUCUUCGAUGCUGAAGGCGAGGACUUUCAGGCCACAAGGAAAUGGGGAGCGGUUGGGGAUGGCAUCGAUAAGAAGAUGCAUCCUGGGACCCUAAUAGAUGACUUCAGCUUUGCAAGGUUCCAGUACAUAUGGGAAAAUAAAGAGUACCUGGUCUACUACAUUGAGUGGCACGACAUGCUCAAGAGCCCCGAUAGGAGGUUUUACAUCCUACACCCUCGCAUCGAAUCUAACAUCACUGACGGCCAUUGUGCGGAAUCCGAUGCUUUGAUUCUCGCCGCCGGCAAAUGGACAUCUCAGCUCCAUCAGGAGAUCUUCGUCUUCGAUGACGGGCACUGGGACAAGAACAAAGAUCUGUGGAAGGCCGUCAAUGGCGCCUCUUGGUCCGACGUCAUCCUGGAUCCGGAAAUGAAAAAGGGCCUCAUCGAGGAUGUGCAAGGCUUCUUCGACAACCAGCAGCUCUACAGUCAAUUCUCUGUACCGUGGAAGCGUGGUGUCAUUCUGCAUGGCGUGCCAGGGAAUGGGAAGACUGUUUCUAUCAAGGCGCUGAUGAGCUCUCUUUACGGCCGGCCUGACCCUAUUCCCUCUCUCUACGUCAAGUCGUUUGAGACGUCCUGCAACACAGAACAAUACUCCAUUCGCGCCAUCUUCCAGAAGGCACGCGAUAUGGCGCCUUGCCUGCUCAUCUUCGAGGACUUGGACUCUCUCGUCAACGACGAUAUCCGCAGCUACUUCCUGAACGAAGUGGAUGGUCUCGAGUCCAAUGACGGAAUCUUGAUGAUCGGCUCCACCAACCAUCUUGACAAGCUCGACCCAGCUAUUGCUAAGCGCCCAAGCCGCUUUGACAGGAAGUACCAUUUCAAAAUCCCUGGAGAAGAGGAGAGGAGGCUGUAUGCGGAAUACUGGCGCAGCAAACUGACGAAGAAUGAGACGGUCGAUUUUCCGGAAGAGUUGGCUGGCAUUGUAGCCCAGUUGACCGAGGGUUUCAGCUUCGCUUACCUCAAGGAGCUCUUCGUCAUGGCUCUACUCAGCCUUGUUAGAGGCUUCAAGGGCGACGACUUUGAGAUUGUCGACGCUGAGGAGGCUGCGAGCGCGGAUGAAGAGAAAGCUGAUAGCAAAGCCACCGAGGCAGACAAGGACGGGAAGGAUGCGAACCUGUGCACCUGCGCCAAAACAUGUUCUACAUGCAACAAACCUCUCCCCAAGACAAACACCGCAGAAGCAAAGAAAGAGCACGAAGCAACUGAAGCCGACGCGGAAGCUAAGAAGAAUAAAAUGAUCAUGCCUACCGUGGACAUCCCUGAGCAUCUUUCAGAUAACUUGUUCCUCAAGGUCAUCAAGCAUCAGAUCCGCAUCCUGCACGCUGAGAUGGACAACACGAAAGAAGAGGCAUGGCCAUCUGGGAAGAAGGGGGUUGCGGGCAAUAACGCCGGUGUGAAUGCGGCGGCGCUGAGGAGGAUGAGGGCGGCAAACGCUAGGAGGGCCCGCUGAGAAUGGGUAGGGUAGGGUCAUUCCAGGACGACUAACAUGUUUCAGAGUUUGCAAUCACACUCGUUUGUGAAGGAGGUAGAUAAGCACAAGACUGGGAUUGGAAUGAACGAAUUACCAUGUAUACGCGAGAAGAGCAAGGCUAUGUAAUCGAUGCCUAGGAAACAGGGUUCUUGUAUAGUAUAGUCUCUGUUUAGCCUUGAAUACAUCUCAUGAGGCAGAACUCGAAACACACUCAGUCGGU